AGGCGUCAGUAAAACGUAUGCCGAUUGGUCGAAUACCGCGCUCAGUGAAAAGCUUAUCCAAUCAGAUCGCCUUUCUCUUAAGCUUCAGUAGUGACCAAGAUGGCCGACGAAUCAGAGGGCAGUCUUAUUGUGGUGGUUGUGGAUGUCAACCCAGUGUGGUGGGGUCUGCAGGAUGUCAAGAAUGACAAAGGACUGACAUUAUUUGAAUGUCUGGACCACAUUAUGACGUUUGUGAAUUCUCAUUUGAUGAUGAAUUACAAGAACAGAAUAGCAGUCAUUGCCAGCCACACCAAUGAGAGUCGGUUCUUGUAUCCCGUCCAAGAAUCACCAGCCACAGCUGAGGACACAGAGGGCGCCAGACACGUAGCAGACGGCAAAUACGAACACUUUGCUAAAGUCAAUGACGCCAUGCAGGAUGAACUCAGACAGCUUUUAUUCCGUAAUCCCACCGUUGUUCACACAGAUACCUUACUGGCAGGCUCACUAGCCACAGGUCUCUGCUACAUACACAGGAUACAGAAGGAAUGUGCAGCUGGACAACAAAUCAAGUCAAGAUUAUUGGUCAUCAAAGCAGCAGAUGAUAGUGCCUCUCAGUACAUGAACUUCAUGAAUGUCAUCUUCACUGCGCAAAAACAGAGUAUUCCGAUUGACGCUUGCAUUUUGGAGAAAGAUUCCGGACUGCUGCAGCAGGCGUGUGACAUUACCGGCGGUAUGUACCUCAAAAUACCACAGAUAAGCGGUCUCCUGCAAUACCUGCUGUGGGUUUUUCUACCAGACCCCAGCCUACGUGACACAUUAACACUUCCUCCAGCGAUUCACGUUGAUUACCGUGCAGCAUGUUUCUGUCAUCGCACCCUCAUUGACAUUGGAUAUGUGUGCUCUGUCUGCCUAUCAAUUUUCUGCACUUACAGUCCAAUUUGCUCCACUUGCCACACCGCGUUUAAGUUGAAGACAGCACCUGUCCUCAAGGCCAAAAAGAAGAAAAAAUCUGCACUCCAAACCAGCUGAUGUUGAUCAGAGAAACGGAAGGUACUUUUUGGAAAUAAAUUCAGAGAUUAUUUUUAUAUGUUUUGUUACACGUAACAUAAGAGUUCUUUUUGUAUGAUAAACCAAUUAAGGUUUGUGGAAAAGGGGUGUGAUGUUACACUAGGAUACUGUAUUGUCUUCUUAUUUGUUAAAUUAUCAAAAAAAAUACAAAUGUUUUCAAGAAGUUAGAUCUCGUCUUUCUUGUGUGUUGCUGAUGCAACAGAAAGUGGUCAUAUUUGAGGACGCAAAACCCUGAGAUUCACAGUUGGUAGAGAUUUUGUUCUUCCAAUAUGAAAAUAUGAUUUGUUAUUGUUAUGGAAUUUUUUUUUCAUUACAAAUGUAUAUCAUGAUUUUAUUCCAAUUUUAUUUGCAUUGAUUGUGAGCAACUUUUCUCCAUUGAAAGUCAGUGAUGAUCUCAGUUUCGUUGUUCAGUUGGCCGGAUUUGAACAUCGUGAACCUGUGUUCGAAAGAAGAAAUGGGAAAAAAAACACAUGAAAAGGAGAUGCAUAAUUCAGACAUUAAAUAUUUCUUAUUUGCCAUGAGCAGGAAAGAUUUAGUCAGUGAAUAUAAAGAUUAUAUUUACAGUUAACGUCAAAUUGAUUCCCCCUAUCUUACCUGCACAUGUGGUGGUAACUCCAUGAUAUACUGUACAGUACUCGAGAUCUGUUCUGGUUGCAUACACUGCAACACAAAUGAAAAGAUUAAAACUUGAGUUUCUGAUCAGGAAAAUGUUAUUGCAUUUUUGUUUUAGCUCAUGUGGUUGUAUUUUUUCCCAUGUGAAUGUCACACUGGACAUUCCAUAUGCAGAAAUAAAUUUUACUCUCCCAAUACCCAUCACA